AUCAGAGCCAAUGUAAUAUUCCUUAUUGUGAACUUGGUAUACCGUGAUGAACAACCAUUCGAGGCAGAUUACAACGACCGUAAACUCACUCGAAAUGCGGUUGGAAUUUUUCAUCUUGCACAAGAUAUUUUAUGAUGAGUCAUGGUUGACUAAAAAGAAUCUGUCUCCGUUAGAAAGAAGCAAAACUGAAAGUUGAAACAUCGUUCUACAAUAUGGAUGAACUCGGACUGGGUAGUUUUCUUGAUUCUGAAACAGGGUUACUAAACCCAGUAGAAAAUGUUGCUGAGAAUGUGGAGGCAACAACUUCUGUAAAACAGCCGCUUCAACCAGCACAAACGGUUGCCUUGCAGGGUAUUCUACCUUCUUCAAAUGUACAAAUUCAGCAACCAAAUCAGAUAAUACAAACAUUGCAAGCUAGCCAGCUUCUUGUGAAUGCAGCUCAGACUAGUCAGAGUCAGGUCAGCACACAGUCUGUUCCAUUUGUAUCAAAUCAUGAUUAUGCCGUUGCUGCUGAACAGUCGUCUACACCAAGUACUGCAUCGAGCUCUGUGCAACAGCAACCGCAACUACAGACAAUCCGUUUAAUUUCAGCCCAACCAAACCAGCAGCUUAUACAAGGGACGCAGGUCUCGAGUCCUGUGAAAUCGACCAAUCAGAUUAGACUAAUAACAACUCAAGCAGGCUCAUCCCAGGUGGUGCAAGCAGGCUCACAGAAACAGGUUAUAGGACGAAUAAUACAAAAUCCUACUCUGCAGAUAUCUCCAGUCCGCAAUGCCAGCCAACAGUCCAAUUUAGCUCAAACAUUCCGAAUAACCCCACAAAAUAUUCGUAUCGUACAUCCCAGUUCUGUGACGCAGACUUCCACCGCUCAAGGAGUUGUUACAACUCAAACACAACAGGCUGUUAGAAUUGUUGGACAGCCAGUUGUUCAGGGACAACAGAAACAACAAAUAUUGAACAUUGGUGGUCAAAGAGUGGUUGCCACUUCUAUACAAGCCCUGGCUAAUAGUUCAGGUGUUCGGGUGCUUCAACUUCAGCCAAACUCUUUAGUAACUACUCAAGCUGGUGGCCAAAAGAAAGUUCUCCAGUUGGUUCAAGGAACAGGCCAAAAAAACAACCAGGUUUUCCAGCUAGCUCAGAGUACUGGUCAAAAAGCUGGACAAGUUAUACAUAUACAAGGUGCUGGCCAAAAGACUGGUCAACUUGUUCAGGUAGCUGGUAGUGGUCAAAAGACAGGACAGAUUAUCCAGUUAGCCCAAGGCCAAAAGCAAGGCCAGGUACUUCAGCUUAUUCCAAACUCUGCUGGUGUUUUGCAAUUGCACUUAAAGACUGCUAGUUCUACGAGCGAGUCCACAGUUGGACAAGUUCAACCAGUGGUAAUGACUAGUGCAGGCAGCCUCCAAAGAUCUACUACUUCAAAUACUAUAAUUGUUUCGAACUCGAGCCUUAGCAAGGCAAAUUCUGGCAUUAUUCAAACUAUUGCUACGCAGAGUUCCACCAAACCUGUUGUCAUCAGCUCUCAGCCAACUGUCGCCAGUGCCUUGCAAGGAGGAACAAUUCGUCCUCAAAUACGGAUGCACAAUGUCAACCAACCUGCAGCGGUGUCUGUUGGGAGCAUUGUUAGCACAUCCACCCCAUUGACAUCCACACCACCUACAUCCACCAUAUUGACAUCCGCCACACUUACAUCCACCCCAUUGACAUCCGCCUCAUUGAUGUCCACUACACUGACAUCCACCCCGUUGACAUCCACCUCAUUGACAUCCACACCAGUAAUUUCGAGCUCGGCCCCAAUUAAAGUUGUGAAUACUACCUUGCGGGCAAAAACCACAACUUCAGCAUCUAAUGCGGGUAAAAUAGUCAUAACAGUAACGCAAGGAAAAGAAGUUGCCAAUGAAAUAAGAAAAAUUAGUGAAGAAAUUCAAAAGAUUCAAAAGAUACCAAGAGAGCAGCGCGAUGUAAGCAAGAUCAAGGAACUCCAGCAGAGGUUAAGAACACUGUUGGUCUCUCAGAAAAUCAAGCUUCCACCUCACCUGUUGGCAGGAAAGAAAACAGCUACAACGGCAUCAAGUAGCGGCACAUCAAAUUCAUCCAUCAUGGUGGUUAAAGGAGAGGGACAAGGUAGAUUUGCUCAACUUAAAACCUUGGCUCCAAAAGAGGAAGAGCCCAACAAACAAUCGGCGCAAGACAAAGCGAAUCGCAUUGUAGCGGAAGCUAUAGCACGGGCCAAGAUGGCUGGACAUCACGAUAUACCUAAAGUUAUGGACAACAUUGAACUUCCUGCUGUCUCUGAGUCACAAUCUAAAAAAUCUAAAAAGUCGAAGGAGAAGAAACAAAAGACGCCUAAAGAAAAGAAGCCAAAGGAGCCAAAACCGCCAAAACAACCAAAAGAGAAGAAGGAAGUAUUGCCUAAGAAAAAGUCAUUGGCACAGAAAACAGCAGCUUUGAAGAAGUUAAAGGCUGGUAAGAAAAGAAAACGAAAUGAAUCUGAAGAUAUGUCUGAUUUGGAUGAAACACCACCGAUGUCUCCACCUCCUGAGGAAUCAUUAAUUCAAAAACGAAGAUCUGGUCGAAACACGAAUCGUAAGAAGUACACGGAUGACUACGACUUCAAGAUUACUGAUGAUGAGGACAGUAGCAGCGACGAUGACGACGGCAAGCCGAACCAAAAGGAGGAUGCAGUAAUUGUACAGAAAGCAACUCCUACACUGGUGGAACCUGACGUUGAGGCUGAUGUUGAGGUGGACGUGGUUGGAGAAGUGGAAACGGCAAACCUUGUCACAACUACUACUGGUACUGCUACUACUGCUGCCUCUACAACAACUAAAUUUUUUCAGGACAAUCCUGAUGAAGCUGAAGCGAACAUCGUUGACAAGAUACUUGGAGUACGCCUAGUGAAAGGACAGGCGGACACGGAGGGAGAAGAACCAGAGGAUUACGAAGAAUUUUUUGUCAAAUUCCGAAAUUAUUCUUAUUUGCACUGCGAAUGGGCAACAGAAGAAAAACUAACCCCGGGGGAUCCACGUAUACAGCAGAAGAUCCGACGCUACAAGCAGAAGAGGGCCAUGACCUUCUCAUUCUUCCAAGAUAUGGAUGAAGAACUUUUCAAUCCUGACUACGUUCAGGUGGACAGGGUUCUGGAGAAGUCCAUCACAAAAGAUCCUGUAACUGGAGAAGUAUUGGUGUACUAUCUGGUGAAGUGGUGCAGUCUUCCAUAUGAGGACAGCACUUGGGAGCUAGACGAAGAUGUCGAUGGCACUAAGGUGAAAUGGUUUGAAAAAUUUGUAGAACCACCAACAGUCGCUGAUCGAAAGCGUGUUUCAAGGCCAACAUCGAGUGCUUGGGUAAAACUUGAUGAAACUCCUACGUACAAAGGAAAUAAUGUUCUAAGAGACUAUCAAUUGGAGGGUCUCAACUGGCUCAAGUUUUGCUGGUAUAAUAAACAAAAUUGUAUUCUUGCUGAUGAGAUGGGUCUCGGUAAAACCAUUCAAUCAAUCUCUUUCCUGAUUGAGAUCAUGAACACAGGAAUAAAGGGGCCAUUCCUUGUUAUCGUCCCAUUGUCCACAAUCGGGAACUGGCAGAGGGAGUUUGACACUUGGAGUGAGGUUAACACAGUUAUCUACCACGGGAGCUCUUACAGCAGACAUAUGAUUGCUGAAUAUGAAAUGUUUUAUAAGGAUGAACAGGGUAUCCGGAUCCCAGAGGUGUACAAGUUCCAAGCUCUUGUCACUACAUAUGAAAUCGUGCUGGCUGAUUGUGAGCAGCUGAGCGAGAUUGAAUGGCGAGCCGUUAUCAUCGACGAGGCUCACAGGCUUAAGAACAGGAACUGCAAGCUCCUUGAAGGCUUAAAAAUUUUAGAUAUGGAACACCGUGUGUUGCUGACCGGUACACCCCUACAGAACAACAUUGAGGAGCUAUUUAGCUUACUGCAGUUCCUUGAACCAGGCCGGUUUCAUUCGCUCACUGAUUUCAUGGAAGACUUUGGCGAUCUUAAAACAGAGAGACAGGUUGAGAAGCUGCAACAGUUGCUGAGGCCAAUGAUGUUGCGAAGACUGAAGGAAGAUGUAGAGAAGAACCUUGCACCAAAGGAAGAAACUAUCAUUGAGGUGGAGCUCACCAACAUUCAGAAGAAGUACUACCGUGCGAUUCUCGAGAAGAACUUCAAUUUUCUCUGCAAAGGAAGCAGCAGUACUGCGAAUGUACCGAACCUCAUGAACACCAUGAUGGAACUAAGGAAGUGCUGUAAUCACCCAUUUCUCAUUAAAGGUGCUGAGCAGCAGAUCAUGGCAAACUUCCAUCCAGCCGACAGCCCUCAGCGUCACCUCCUUGCCAUGAUACAGUCGGCCGGUAAGCUCGUUCUCAUUGACAAGCUCCUGCCUAAACUCAAGGAGGGUGGACACAAAGUACUUAUCUUCUCUCAGAUGGUCAGAUGUCUGGACAUUCUGGAAGAUUACUUAAUGCAGAAAAGGUAUCCCUUUGAAAGAAUAGACGGACGUGUUCGAGGAAAUCUACGACAGUCGGCCAUUGAUAGAUUCUCAAAACCAGAUUCUGAUAGGUUUGUGUUCUUGCUAUGUACUCGUGCUGGAGGUCUUGGCAUCAAUUUAACAGCAGCUGAUACCGUGAUUAUAUUUGAUUCUGAUUGGAAUCCACAGAAUGAUUUGCAGGCCCAGGCAAGAUGUCAUCGCAUAGGACAGAAGAAGUCGGUCAAGGUGUACAGACUGAUCACUCGCAAUUCCUACGAACGUGAAAUGUUUGAUAAGGCCAGCAUGAAGCUAGGCUUGGAUAAAGCCGUGUUGCAGUCCAUGCGUGGCACGGGUGCAGAUAAGGACAAAGACACAGUUGGCACCAGUCAACAACCAUUCUCCAAACAAGAAAUUGAAGAACUUUUGCGCAAGGGUGCUUAUGGCGCCCUCAUGGAGGAUAAUGAUGCAGGCAGCAAAUUCUGCGAGGAAGACAUCGACAUGAUCUUGCAGAGAAGAACCAAAGUCAUACAGCUUGAGAUGGGUAUUAAAGGGUCUUCGUUUGCUAAGGCGAGUUUUUCGUCUUCCGCUGAUCGUUCGGACAUCAAUCUGGACGAUCCAGACUUCUGGAUGAAGUGGGCUAAGAGAGCUGAUCUUGACACGAAUGAACUCCAGACAAGGGAUCAAAGGGCAAAGAUCAUUGAUACCCCACGACAGCGCAAACAGACAAGACGUUUUGGCGAGAAUGAGGACAUGGUGGAGUUCACGUCCAGCGAGAGCGAGAACGAAGACCAAGUGCAGCCCACAAAAGCGACUAGAACAAGACGACAACAUCAACCGUCAAUUGCACAGACCGGCUGGACACGACUGGAAUGUUUCCGGGUGGAGAAGGGUCUGUUGACGUUUGGCUGGGGUCGUUGGGAUGACCUUCUUACUAAUACACGCUUCAAGCGAAGGCUUCAACGGAAGGAUGUGGAAGCCAUAUCAAGAACAAUGUUGGUUUAUUGUUUGAAGCAUUAUAAAGGGGAUGAGAACAUCAAAAGCUUUAUCUGGGAUCUCAUCACACCGCUAGUAGAUGGUGUUGUCAAAGAUUACAGAAAUCACAAAGGUCUGUCUGCACCAGUUCCACGAGGCCGCAAGGGAAAGAAACGAAAGGAAGAACAAAUCAACAAAGUGAACUAUGAUAGGGACUUCAAGGGUAAAGAUCCUGAGGAACUGUUAACCGACCAGGGAUAUAAAAACCACUUGAAAAGACAUUGCAAUAAAGUGUUGCUUCGAGUCCGAUUGCUCUACUAUCUGAAGCAAGAAGUAAUAGGGGACUUGAAUGACAAGAUAGCUGACAACACACCAGCUCAUGAACUACCAAUUCCAAUACCAGUACCAGAAGGAGAUCGUCCAGCUAUGUGGUGGGAUGAGGAAUGUGACCGGUCGUUGUUAGUAGGCGUCUACAAGCACGGCUAUGAAAAGUACUUCCAGAUGCGAAACGAUUCUGGUUUGUGCUUCUUAGACAGGUGUGGACCACCUGAUCAAGCGGCCCUAGCUAAAGAAGCCAACGAUGAUAUGGUAGAUGGAGCAUUAGAUGUUGAAGGUGAAGAUGGUAUGUGUGCCCAAUCUGGAAUGAAGGGUGACAAUGAAUAUGAUGAAUCAAUGUCACCUGCAAGUACACGAGCUUGCUCACCUAUUCCGAAACACUUCAAAGCAGAUUUAUCCACAGAAUCACUUGAACCAGGUAAAUAUCCAUUCCCAUCGGCACCUGAUUUGAAUACCAGGUUACGUCGUCUUGUCACAGCCUAUCAAAGAAAUUACAAAAAGAUGGAAUUGAAGAGAGCAAAACGAGAACGACGAGAACAAGUUAAGAAAGAACGUGUUCAAGAGGCCAUGAAACAGAAGAUGAUUCGUAAACAAGAGAGUGCUCAAAAAUGGUCACGAAGAGAAGAGGCAGACUUUUAUCGAAUUCUUGCUGCCUUUGGUGUUGAGUACGACCAGUCUACUGGCACUUUUGACUGGAAUACCUUCAAGAAACUUGCCAAGUUGGAAAGGAAGAAGAACGAAAGGAUGGUGGAAUAUUAUCAUCACUUCCGAGCCAUGUGCCUCAGAGUGUGCAAUCGACUUCAAGAGAUACCAAAAGAGCUCUAUAAUGGACCAAGUCCAGACUUUGUUAUAGAACAAAUCUCUGAAGAGCGGGCUAAUAAAUGUUUACACCGAAUUGACCUCCUUCUGAAGGUACGCAAUGAAGUUCUACACCAUCCGAAACUGGAGGAACGACUGAAGUUUUGUAAACGUAGUAUGGAGUUGCCAGAAUGGUGGGAGCUAGGCAAACAUGACCAUGAUCUUAUAGUGGGUGUAGCCAGAUAUGGAGUGAAUAGGAUGGAAUCACAACAGCAAAUGAUGAGCGACCCUGAUUUAUCCUUCUUUGAACUCAAAGAUAAGUACCCACAAUCCUCGGUGUUCACAGGGGUUCCAAACUCAGUGAACUCUGGUUCCAAUUCAAUGACAGAUAUACCUCAGUCUAGUGAAGACAUGCCUCUAGAGAGCACCCACAAUGCAAUGCUGGCACAAAGAAUUGAAAAUAGGAACGAUAGAACUGUGAAAUCAGAAACUAAGUUAAAGGCAGAGGAUGGCCAGCCAAUGACCUCUGACCCACAUUUGAAAGAUUCGAGCAAUAGUGCAAUUGAAACAGAGGAGAAUGAAAGCAAGAUUAUGAACGGUGAUGAAACAAACCAAGAGGGUGGCCAAUGGAACCCACAUCUUAUCUAUGCAAUUCGUUGGCCUAAAGAUCGAGUUAUCGUUCAUCGUCUGGAACAAUUGUGUCACUUGGUGCUAAAGGGAAUGUGGCCAGGCCGAAGGCAUCGAGUCAAUCCGGAUGUAGCGUUUGGUCAAGACAUGGCGUCAGUGUUGGCAGCAGCAGCCAAUGCUAAGAUCAAUACAGAGGGCAAGACGUUAGAAGAGAUUGCCCAGCUGUUACACAAAAAGAGAAGAAGGAAAAGAAAAUUGGAAAUGCAAGCAGCUGAAAAAGCAAAAUUAGCAGCCAUUUUACAAGCAGCAGAAGGUGGAGAUAUGGCGCUUGAUUUAUCUCAGGGACUCAGCGCUGCAAAGUACUUGCUCAAGGGUACUGAAAUGCUCACAGAUGAAGUAGGAGCCGAAGGCCACAAGAAGAAGAAACGACACAAAGACAAACAUAAGAGAAAAUCAGAGGAUACGGGUGAAGAAAAGCAUCAUCAUAAGAGGAAGAAGAAAAAACAUAAACACAAUGAAGAUGUGUUCUUAUCCCCAAGUAAACUUGGAGAUGAUGACCCCGUAGCAGUAGUGAAUCCAACAUCAGGCGAAUUCCUGAGUGGUUCCAUAGCACCUUUGAAAAAGGACCUGGAAGCAUUCCUGGAGCAACAUCCGGAUUAUCAGGUGUUCUACCCACCUGUGGAGCAUGAUUCAUAUGAUGCAGUUACUGAACAAGUCCUUAAUGAAAAGCAUGAAAAGAAGUCAGAAAAGAAGAAGAGCAAACGACUACGCAAUCCAGACAAAUUAGUCCUCUCAAAGUUGACAGGCGAGGAGAGAAUUGGCAUAAUUCACCGACCAACCAAUCAAGUGAUGGCGGGCAAAUACUGCCCCACAUUGCACACGCUCACAGAAUGGUUGAAUAGGAACCCAGAAUUUGAUGUCAGGCAUGAAUGGGAAGAAUUGGUCAAAACAGUUGGUCUUCCAGAAGAGUUGUAUGACAGAAUCCAGGCCAAACCCCUUCCAAAAGAUGAGGCAAUCUCGGAACCAAAACUGGAGUCAAACUUGGGUGACAUUGGCUCAACUGCAUCAGAACUUUCUAGUCAUAAACUCUCAUUGCAAGUUGGCUCCUCUGGGCUAGGAGGUCUGUCGUUUACCGGAGAUCUUUCUAAUCUUGGCGAACUAGGCUUCAACCAAGUCCUGGAUCUUCAGUCAUCAUCAAUAACAGAUCAAGUGGAUGAUGAGGGUAACAUGCUUGACAUCCAAGGCAUUGAAACUGAAAUUGCUAAUGAUGGCAACAGCGAGCUAAUUAAUAGUGACCUUGAUGUCCCGACAUCCUCGUUGGACUCUGGAGUCUCACCAUACAUGUUGCCAACAACAUCUGUUGGAAUGUUCUACUCUCCAUUUCUUCCUGGUCAAGGAUUACAGCAGCUGGAACAGGACUCGACAGUUGCCAGUCUUGAAUCGACGGGCAAUGGAUCAGCAGCCAGCACUGAAAGAACAGAAAGUGACGAAGAUGAAGAUGCUGAGAAUGAUGAUGAGGAAGAUGAAGAGGAUGAAGAAGAUGCAGAUGAUGAUGAAGAUGACAUAGAUGAAGAAGCAGAUGAUGAUGAUGAUGAAGUAGAUGAUGGUCCAGAUUCAGAGAUUGAUGAUUAUGAAGAAAGGAUUGAAGAUGAUGAUGAUGAGGAAGAUAUGCAAAUGUACUCAGCUGCAGUAGAUGAGGAGGAAGAGGAUGAUGACGAUGUCAACGAUAUGGAAGACUUUGAAGAUAUGGAGGAAGAAGAUGAUGAUGCAGCAGAUGAGACUGGUGUUGAAGAAGAAGAUAUUGAUGAUUUUGGAGACUUUGAAGAAGAGGUUGAGGAAGAUGAAGAUGGUAAUGACAGCCCCGACUCUGAACAAGACAUGCAGUUUUGAAAAGGCAUAAAGCACAACUUAAGUAUGGAGUCAAAACCCAGUCAUAAGGUCUUUUAUGGUACAGUUGCAGCUGCGGUUGAAUUGACACCUGUCCAUGCAUGUGAUUUUCACCUUUCAUUUUUGAAGUAGUAGAAUUGAGUGAAGUGAAUGUGCAUCUGAAAUAAUGGUGCUAUUUGAUAGCAGUAGUUGAGAAGGCAGAUUUGCAAAAACAAGAUUUGAUGCUCUCUGACUGCGAACAGACAGAGAAGCAGUAACACUUUGUCAGUGUUAUGAUACUGGCAAAACAGUGCAAUAUUGCUUAGAAUAAUUAAAUAUUAAACAUGGGCUGUCAAUUUAUAUUUAAACUAAAAAAAAAAAAGAAGCUUGACUAUUCUCCUUAUGUGGGUGCGAAUGUGUGUGUGGCUUUUUUCCCUAUAAUUUUUAAUAUUAAUUUUUUUAACGGAAUAACUUUUGAACUAGAUCAUGGCUGACUGAAUUUAUUUAGAAGCAAAACAAUGUUAUGUUACCAUGGUUGCCAAUAAUGCACUCAGUGUUAAUUAUUUAUAAAGAAUAUUAAUUGAAAUAGCUAAUUAAACAUCUGAAAAUUAAAACAAACUAGCUUCUAAUUAUAUAAUUUACCUAAAAGGUAAAAUAGAGAUAAGUAGUUCAUAUAUCUGUGUAUUACUUUUUUUUUUCCCCACUCAUAACCAGUCACAUUGCAUUCUAAAAUAAUGAGUACAAAAUUCAUGAAGGCUACAUGCUCUAGAUAAACUAAUAAAUAUACACUAUAAUUCUUAAGACACCUUUGAUAGUAAUGGAACAAUCCAAUCUUGAAUUGGCAUUAUGAUGUAAUCAUUCCUGAUGAUGUAAUCAUCCUCAUUCUCUUUUCACACAAGGCAGUUAAUAAAAUUCUCAUACUUUCAUUAGCUUUUGGGAGGGUCAUAUUAGUAUCCAUGUACUAAAAUACACAGACAGAUUCAGGUGGGGGUGGGCCACACCCUCCAUCUUUAAAAAUUUCCUCCCCCUCUAUUUUGAAUUCCUGGAUCUACCACUGAUAUUGUUCAUCAGUAGUGGGACUAAAGAUAAUUUUGAGCAGCAGUAAUUGCUUGUUCAUUUAUGAUGCAUUUAAUAAGCAGUCUUAUAAGUCACCUGUGUAUGUGAUAUUCAGUUGCUUUAUAAUAAUGUUUUUUUAUUGAGUAGUAGUUAGUUACUAGGUAUAUUUAUAGCAGUUGUCAAUCUCUGUAAAAUGGUUUGUAACUGUUUGCUGGUGCAUGAUACAUGUUUAUUUUAUUUCAUCCCAGUGUUGUAAAAAUCUUCAUCUGUAAAAAAAGAUACCUUGUACAAAAAUAUAUCCAUUUGAUAAAAGAAAAACUUUUUCAAGGCAAGGGCCUUGUUAGUAGUAAUACGUAUUGUCAUCGCACAGAAACCGACACUCAUAUUUGCCAGGUUAAAUAUCACUGAUAAAAUGCAUAGCCUGUGUUAUUGUGUUUAGCCAGUCAUCCACAAAAAUAUUGGAAAGUUUAUUAAGCUUAGGGAAGAAGUUUGAAGGUACAGCCAUACAGUAAUAAUAAGGCACAAUGACUGACUAGACAGCAUUGUCAAUUUCUGUUGUAUCAUUUAAUUUAUUGGGACUGGAAGUCAGUCGUGCAUUAAUUUCAGGAAGGUUAAAAAUGUUAGCCUGUGUAUUUUCUUGCCUGUAACCUUGUGGUUUCCUUAACCAAGAAAUAUUGUGUUGCAGGUGACCAGCCUUAUCCAUGUGUUUAUUGACUGGAAUGCAUAACAGUUAAAACACUUCACCAUGCAUUGAGUGAUAUUGAAUAAAAAAAAGUACUGUAUAACUUAAUUUCAUUAUGUUGGUUUAAUGUACUGACUGUCCAAAUACUAUACUUCAAUUGAAUACAAACCAAGUGAUAUUGAAUAAAAAAAAUUAUAACUUAA